AUGUCACGACGAAUCUUGAUCAUCAACGGCCCAAACCUGAACCUUCUUGGCACCCGCGAGCCACACAUCUACGGCUCUACCACGCUCGACGACGUUAUCGCGCUGGCCAAGUCCCAAGCCAAGGGCCUCGACGCCGAAAUUGAGGCAUUUCAGUCAAAUCACGAGGGUGCCAUCGUGGAUCGACUCCAUGCCGCCCGAGGCGUGGUCGACGUCGUCGUCAUCAACCCGGGCGCUUACACACAUACAAGCGUCGCAAUACGCGAUGCGCUGCUAGGCGUUGAGAUUCCGUUUGUGGAAAUGCACAUCUCCAAUGUCCAUGCAAGGGAGGAAUUCAGGAAGAAGAGCUAUCUGAGCGACAAGGCAGAGGCUGUCAUUUGCGGCCUGGGCACGUUUGGCUACACGGCCGCUGUUGAGUUUGCGGCCAAGCACGUCAAGCUGAAGAGCAAAAAGGCGCAUUUGUAG